CAUUUGUCUAUCCCAGUUUGACCGGAUGUGCCUUGCAGGGAUUCUCCGGCUUCAUCGCCCCACAAACUGCGGCUGGUUUUGCCUUUAAUCUCCACUUCAGAGUUGUUUUCCCCCGUCUUCUUCCUUGGGUGUUGCCUUCCCUUUACCAACUUUCCGUGUCCGUCUUGCCUUGACGUGUAAGACACGGGAGUGUGCGAAUAUCUCCUUCGAUAGCCAAGUAUUCAAGCAAGAGGUGUUACGUUCACGACUUUACUUUUUUUUAAGGACCUGUUGAAUUUCGACUGGCGUUAGCCAGAUAAGCUAGCAGGGCUAUCAAGGAGCGCUCUCCCGAUGCAGGCCAUCAAGUGUGUGGUAGUGGGUGACGGGGCCGUGGGUAAAACAUGCCUGCUCAUCAGUUACACUACCAAUGCUUUCCCCGGAGAGUACAUCCCCACCGUAUUCGACAACUAUUCAGCCAAUGUGAUGGUGGACGGUAAACCGGUGAACCUCGGCCUCUGGGAUACCGCAGGACAGGAGGACUACGACCGACUCAGGCCGCUGUCCUACCCGCAGACUGAUGUGUUCCUGAUUUGUUUCUCACUCGUUAGCCCCGCUUCUUUUGAAAACGUCCGCGCCAAGUGGUACCCUGAGGUGAGACACCACUGCCCCAACACCCCCAUCAUUCUAGUGGGCACCAAGCUCGACCUGAGGGACGACAAGGACACCAUCGAGAAGCUCAAGGAGAAGAAACUCGCCCCCAUUAUCUACCCUCAGGGCUUGGCCAUGGCAAAGGAAAUAAGUGCCGUAAAGUAUCUGGAGUGUUCCGCUUUGACGCAGCGCGGCCUUAAAACGGUGUUUGACGAAGCCAUCCGGGCGGUCCUCUGUCCACCGCCCGUCAAGAAGAGGAGAAGGAAGUGCAGCGUUUUGUAAAAGCCGCAGCACUCGAAGCAGUCGCAGUCGAAACUCACCGAGCAAGCUUGAACAGUUUUGCCGCACUGCUUUCCUGUUGAUUCCAAUUUGUUUUUUAAAUGUCAGUGCUCUUGUCAGAUUAGUUUAUCCCCCUCCCCCCCCCCAAAAAAGUCACAUUUUCAUUUGAUCAAGAGCAUCCUGGCUGCCUAAGUAAGUCAACUCUUUUCUAUUCAAUGUUGGGAUUAUGAAGUAAGUUGUGAGACCUUUUGAAUACAUUUUUACACUAGAUAGAAAUUCCUGAGGCCUUCAUGACAUGACAAGUCCAUCAGAAGAAAAUGCUAAGUUCUGCACCCCCCUAAAGCCACUUCCAGUCGGUAAAACACAUUUUUAAACUGACGUCUCCUUUUAUUGUUCUCUAGUGAUUGAAGGACCUUUUGUUUAUCGUCUGACUCAGCAACCAGUUUAAAAAAAAGUUUAACUUUUUUUUUUUCUGAUGACAUACACUGAUGAUGCAUCCUUUGAAUGCUUGGUCACGAGCACCGUCCGUACGUGAUGCUCGGCACAGCAUGAAGGUUGUCCGUAUUAAUUCAGUAUUUUCAGGCUAACAGGUUGUUGAAAGCGCAGAGAUUUUAUUCGUUUAACACUAGUUGCUUUCCCAACAUUAAUAUUUCACAAGCUUUUUUUGUUGUUUUAUUGCGAUCCCUCCUGUUUGCGGUGUGUCGUACGCCGUAAUCGUCAGCUGUUAUGCUUGAAUCACCCCCCUCACCCCAAGCCCCCCAAAAAUGAGCAAUGGUCAAGUUCACUCCUUGUAUCAGUGAAGUAUCAUUGUGCACACUUGGAUUUACUUUUUUUUUUGCCUGAUUUGGUAUAAUUCCAUGUUUUAUAAGUAAAUAAAGUCAUCAAAACAUG